AUGGACAGCGAGGCGCGAGGAGAGAAGCAACCAGUCCGUCCGUCCACAGCGGCGGUAAAAAUAACUUCGUUCGGAGGCGUGAUUGCCACAGAGCGGCGCAGCUGCCUGAAGAUCGAGCGGGACGCGGGCAAUUCCUGGAAAACGUUGCCUCCUCGUCAUCACCGGAAUGCGGAGCAGAGGCUCAGCGCGGUAGAGAGCUGCCAAUUCUUAGAAGAGUCGGCCGCCGACGUAUUUAAGCGAGGGAGCGUGAGCACUCACUUUUGCCAGUUGAUCGUCGUCGAGAGGCGCUUGUGUCUGGUCUUCUCUUGUCUGGUCUGGUCGGUAUCGGUAAAGAAGUAA